AUGGGAGCAUCCACACAAUGUUCGGGUGCGGUCGGACGCAGUCGGGCCCGUCGCCGCAGUCGCCGUGUGGCCGCGCGCGCGCUCCCGCGUCGCGUCCCAUCGAUCUAUGUGCCGCGCCGACGUAGCGAGAGGAGAGUGAGCUGCGCGUCUCCACGGUGUGCGUAUUUCGGUCGCGAGGAGGCCCCGGGCCGCGUAGGGCACUCUGCCCGCGCGCUGGCCGCCGUGCUCUGGUGGUGGUGUGUGGCGCUGCUGCGGCUGGCCGCGCUCUGCGCGCCUCCCCCCGGCCCGCCCUCUACCGCCCGCGCCGCCGAAGAUGCGCCCCAGGCGCCCGCCUGCUUGGCUUGCGCGAGCGCACCUCCCAACACCACCGUUGGUGUCACUACGCCGUUGCCGCCUACGGUUCAUAUACCUGCAUAUACUGGGUGGUGGUGGGUGGGCGCAUGUAUCGGCGGCGCAGUUUUGCUGUGCGCCGCAGGUGCGCUGGCACAUCCGCUGCUGCGCCGGCGUCUCGCUGGAAACACAUCUACCACAGCCAACCCCAUGCUCUCGGUACAAGUGCCGGGGUGCGCGGGCAUGGAGCGGUUGGGCGCGCCGGGGGGGACGCGUCUUCGUCACGAACUCAGGCACCAUCAUUCCUCAUUGGAAUGGGAGAAACAGCAGAGGUUGCAGGCGAUGGUUGGUCGUCUGCAAGAGAUGGUGGAGCAGGAGACGCGCGCGCGGUCUGCCGCAGCAGCGGAACGGCUCGGCUUACCUCCCAGCAUACAGCUGCCGGACGGCGAGUACGGUCAGGACGCACACCUACAAUUACGAGUCCCUUAUCAGCAAGCCGAGCUGACGAGAAGCAGCUUCCAGCCGCCGCCGAACAAGUGCGUGAGCGACGUGCCCGAAUGGGCGGUGGGCGCGGCGGAGCCGGUGGGCGGACGGCGCGGGGCGGGCAAGAAGGACGGUCUGCUGCAGAAAGCCACGCGCUGGUGGGUGCGCAUGGGUGCACGGCCGGCGUCGCUGCUGCCGUCAGCCGCUCCGCCACCGUGCGUGAUGGUGCCGCGUCGUUCCGCGCCGUCGCCGCCGCCCGACGCGUGACGUCGCCGCACCUGUGCACCUCUCUACCAUAUCACGCUUACAUUCCAUUAUCGGGACGACCGGACUCGCCGGCGGGCGCUCGCGUCUCGGAGUAUUAUAGACUUGCUAAUUUAUUUAUUUGGGGGCGGCGCCGGG